UCCGGGUUCGUUGUCCUGGUUCCCGGACUGGGCUGCUUUCUUGGGUCGCUCCGGCAGCACCCACUCGGGUGACGGACCCCAGUCGCCCUCCUCGGGCCUCCGGUGCCGGUCUACGGUGCUGGCCCACCUCGCCCCCUGCCCAGGCCCCGGCCGGCGCGGUCCAUGGAGUCUCAGUGCGACUACUCGAUGUAUUUCCCGGCCGUGCCACUGCCGCCGCGCGCAGAGCUGGCAGGGGACCCGGGCCGGUACCGGGCGCUGCCCCGGCGGAACCAUCUGUACCUGGGGGAGACUGUCCGCUUCCUGCUGGUGCUGCGCUGCCGGGGCGGCACGGGUUCCGGUGCCGGGGGCGGCCCAGGCUUGGGCUCCCGUGGGCCCUGGGCAGAGCUGGCAACCACCUUGGCUGCCCUGGCGUCGGUCAGCGCUGGAGGCGGGGCCCCCGGUGGCGGUGGCACCGGUGACCAGGAUCCCGAACCUCCAGGGGGUGCAGGGGACCCUGGAGGUGGAGGCUUGUUCCGAGGCUGUAACCCCCUUCUCACCCAUGGCCCGGGCCCUGCUACCUCAGGGGGAGCGACCACGCUGCCUGUGGAGGAACCCAUUGUGUCCACAGAUGAGGUCAUUUUCCCACUGACUGUCUCACUGGACCGACUGCCUCCAGGGACACCCAAGGCCAAGAUUGUAGUGACCGUGUGGAAGCGGGAGGUUGAGGCACCAGAGGUCAGAGAUCAAGGCUACCUGCGUUUGCUGCAGACCCGAUCUCCUGGGGAGACCUUCCGGGGCGAGCAGAGUGCUUUCAAGGCCCAAGUGAGCACCUUGCUGACCCUGCUGCCCCCUCCGGUUCUGAAAUGCCGGCAAUUCACUGUGGCUGGAAAACACCUGACUGUGCUCAAGGUGCUGAACAGCUCCUCCCAGGAGGAAAUCUCUAUCUGGGAUAUCCGAAUUCUCCCCAACUUCAAUGCCAGCUAUCUACCUGUCAUGCCCGAUGGCUCUGUGCUGCUAGUGGACAAUGUCUGUCAUCAAUCAGGGGAGGUCACCAUGGGCUCCUUCUGCCGACUCCCUGGUACCUCCGGCUGCUUCCCUUGCCCGCUUAGUGCCCUGGAGGAACACAACUUCCUGUUUCAGCUGAGAGGGGGUGAGCAACCCCCUCCAGGAGCCAAGGAGGGUCUUGAAGUCCCCCUGAUUGCUGUGGUUCAGUGGUCCACCCCGAAGCUGCCCUUUACCCAGAGCAUCUACACCCACUACCGUCUGCCCAGCAUCCGCCUGGACCGUCCUUGCUUUGUGAUGACUGCUGCUUGCAAGUCUCCCAUUCGGACUUACGAACGUUUCACUGUCACCUACACGCUGCUCAACAAUCUUCAGGACUUCCUUGCUGUGAGGCUCGUGUGGACCCCGGAGCAUGCACAGGCUGGGAAGCAGCUGUGUGAGGAGGAACGGCGGGCUAUGCAGGCAGCCCUGGACUCCAUUGUGUGCCACACGCCCCUCAAUAACCUUGGCUUUUCCCGAAAAGGCAGCGCACUUACCUUCAGUGUGGCCUUCCAGGCUCUCAGGACGGGGCUCUUUGAGCUGAGCCAACACAUGAAACUGAAGUUGCAGUUCACAGCCAGUGUGUCUCACCCUCCUCCUGAGGCACGGCCCCUCUCUCGCAAGAGCAGCCCCAGCAGCCCUGCAGUCCGGGACUUGGUGGAGAGGCACCAGGCUAGCCUGGGCCGCUCCCAGUCCUUCUCACACCAGCAGCCCUCCCGCAGCCACCUCAUGAGGUCAGGCAGCGUGAUGGAGCGCAGAGCCAUCACACCCCCUGUGGCCUCUCCUGUGGGCCGUCCCCUCUACCUGCCCCCGGACAAGGCUGUGCUUUCUUUGGACAAGAUUGCCAAGCGGGAGUGCAAGGUCUUGGUGGUGGAGCCAGUCAAGUAG